AGGAAAUUGAGGAGUUAAAAUUUAUUAAUAAGGACUCAGAGGAAAACGUACGUACUUGGGCUGACGAAGUUGAGUUAAAAUUGACCGCCGCUGAAUCUGAACUAAACGCAAUUCGAGCCGUGUUGAGUGAAAUAGAACAGGGGGAAAUCAGUGUGCAACGUGAAAAGGACGAGGAAAUACAACGUAUCGCUGUCGACGCGGAGACCAAGAAACAGCUGUCAAUUGAACAUGCGAAGUUAGAGCUGGAACGAGCUCAUAAAGAAGCAGAACGGAAGAGAGAUUUGGAACACGGGGAGCUGCUACGGAAGCAAACAAUGGAGUACCAAAAGACUGUGCAAGCGUCGAUGGACACGAAAUCCAAACAGGUACAAAAUAUAAAAUUACCUAAAUUAAAAAUUACGAAAUUUAGUGGUAAAUAUUCUGACUGGUUGCCGUUUUGGAAUACAUUUGAAGCAGAGAUAGAUUCCACUGAUUUACCAGCCGUUUCAAAGUUUGGUUUCCUUAAGGAACUUCUAGAACCUAAAAUUCGCGAAGAUAUAGACGGGUUACCUUUCAGUACUGAAGGUUACCAACGAGCCAAAAAUAUAUUAAAAGACGAGUAUGGUAAAACAAGUGAAAUUAUCAACGCUCAUAUUCAAAAUAUAAUGGGAUUACCCAUUAUAACGGGAUCGAAUUCAGCAAAAGUGCGUGAAUUUUAUAAGACACUUUCCUACAAUGUCCAAUCGUUAGAGACUCUGGGUAAUAUAGAAAGAGUCAAUGGUACCACCAGAAACGUCCUAGAAAAACUAAAGGGAAUUAAAGCCGAUUUAGUGCGUGGGGAAGAGGGAUGGCAGGAUUGGGACCUCCCGCGGUUGGUAAUUGCUCUAAAGAAAUGGAAGGAUAUUCAUUCAGUAGACAGUAUGAAUCAGGAUCAUUUCAAUUCAAAAUCACCGCCAAAACGUAACGGCACAAAAUCAGAUUUUUACCAUGCCAAGGACGGUGAACGAAAAAAGCGCGUGUGUGUUUAUUGUGAAGAUUCCAAUCAUUCUUCAAAAGAUUGUAGUAAAGUUUCAACUGUUUCGGCCCGAAAGAAAUUACUCGCGGAAAGAAAACUAUGUUUCAACUGCACAGGCAUAAAACAUCGUGCAUCUGACUGCAAAAGUAACAUAAAUUGCCAGAAUUGUAAUCAAAAACAUCAUACUUCCAUUUGUACAAGAGAUCAGCCAUUACUUACCGCAACCGGAACUAGUUACGAACCGUUGGUUUAUCCAGUAGUCAUAGUUAAUGUUGAAGGGGUGAAAUGCCGCGCGCUUCUAGAUACAGGUGCAGGAAGUUCAUACGCUUCUGCUGCGUUAUUGAAGCGCUUGUCAAACCGUGACCACCGUAAAGAAGUACGACGCGUAGAAAUGAUGCUCGGAGCGGUGACACGAGAAAUGGAGUUAUCUACAAUUAACAUUGAAGCUUUGGACAGAAAAUUCAAAAUGAACGUAAACGUGACGAAAGUUGACAAGCACGAACUCUUGAGUGUCGACAAUCCAAACUAUCAGAAACUGAUCGCCAGCUACCCACAUCUACAAGGCGUUCGCAUAGAAGACAACGACCAAAAGUCAAAACUACCCAUACAUCUAAUCCUUGGCGCAAGUGACUAUCUAUGCAUCAAGACAGACGAACCACCUCGUGUUGGAAAGACCGGAGAUCCAGUGGCUGAGAAAACGAAGUUCGGAUGGACUAUCAUCGCCAAAGGGAAAGAGAUCGACUACACCGCCAUGCUUCUAACCCAAACCAACCAAACUGACUACGAACAGCUUUGUCGGUUAGACGUUCUUGGAAUCGCGGAUCGACCAGAGCAUGACCAAACAGACGUCUACACAGAAUUCCGUGAACAACUCGUGAGAAGUGAUCAGGGUUGGUACGAGACGGGGUUGCCAUGGAAAAGUAACCAUCCAUUCCUUCCAUCCAAUGAAAAGGGGAGUUUGAAACGACUCAACAACCUAACUCGUAAGUUGAAACAAACUGAACUGACUGAACCAUACGCAGAGAUUAUCAAGACGCAAAGGGAAGAAGGUAUCGUAGAAGACGCGAAAGAGCCACCAUCGGGUACCGAGUUCUACAUACCACACAAACCAGUCGUUAGAGAAGCUGCAGAAUCAACAAAACUGCGAAUCGUGUACGACGCGUCUGCUCGAGCACACUCCGAAGCACCCAGUUUAAACGAUUGCCUGAAUGCUGGACCACCGCUACAAAACCGCUUGUGGGACGUCCUGGUUCGUGUGAGAUUCCAUCCCGUUGCAUUGACUGGUGACUUGAAGCAAGCGUUUCUCCAAGUACGGAUUAAACAAGCAGAAAGGGAUGCACUCCGCUUUCAUUGGAAACCGAAUGAUCAAGCAGCAGUCGAGACGUUAAGAUUCACUCGGGCACUGUUUGGUCUUACAUGUUCGCCUUUUCUACUCGGAGGAGUCAUCGAACACCAUUUGGAGUCGUGGGAAACUCGAAUGCCAGAAGACGUGAAAGAGCUUCGCAAGAGUAUGUACGUAGACGACCUUAUCGGCGGAAAGACGACCGUAGCGAAAUUAAAAACUUUCAAGGACAGAGCAACCGAGAUAUUUCGUGACGCAACCUUUACCCUACACAAGUGGCAUUCAAAUGCACCAGAAUUGGAAGAACCAGCCAUAGAUUCCACAAGUGAAGAAACGUUCGCCAAACAGCAACUGGCUACCGCACACCGGGGGGAGUCGAGCAUUCUCGGUCUUCGUUGGGAAAAGAGGUCCGACCAAAUCAGUAUCACCGUACCAUUAGAAGCAGCAACAACUACCAAACGAGGAAUCUUAAGGAAACUAGCUAAGAUCUACGAUCCUUUGGGGUUAGUCUCGCCUCAAGUCCUGCUGGGAAAGUUUAUCUACCGUGAAACGUGUAACAGGAAAAUCGGAUGGGAUGCACCGAUAGAGGAAGACCUUAAAAGGAAGUGGUUACUAUGGGAACAGAACCUUCCAAAACAAGUUAGCGCACCACGUUCUCUAGUGCGAUUUCGCGAAGAUAUCGAGUCCAUAGAGCUCCACGCAUUUGGCGAUGCAAGUGGCGAAGGUGUUUCAAGUGCCGUCUACGCAAUUGUCCAUCAAUCAUCGGGAGUGAGUCAAGGUCUUGUGGCCGCGAAGUCGAGAUUAGCAAAGCGGGGUUUGACAAUUCCGCGGCUCGAACUGGUUUCUGCUCACAUGGCUGCAAAUCUAGUUGGAAAUGUUCAAAGAGCUCUCGAAGGGUUUCCUGUGACCGCGAUGCAAGGAUGGCUUGAUAGCACCGUUGCACUUCACUGGAUAAAUGGCGGGGGAGAAUUCAAGCAAUUCGUCGCAAAUCGAGUGGUGAAGAUCAAGUCCAACACUCAGCUUGAAUGGCGUCACGUGCCCACCAAAGAAAACCCAGCCGAUUUAGGGAGUAGAGGUGGACCUGUACAAGAAAAUCAACUCUGGUGGAAUGGUCCUGAAUGGCUAGCUGACCGACAGAACUGGCCCCGUGACAUCAUUACCUCAGCAACGAAAGAAAGCGAUGCUGAAGCUAAAGUAAUUCGCCAAAUCUUCGCAGCAACAGUUGAAGAAACCAGCAAAAUUGAAGAAUUACUCGCCAAGUUUGACCUGUGGAAAACCCUGAGAAUCUGUUCCUGGAUAGCAAGAUUCGCGUUUAACUGCCGUAAUCCUAACCAAAGAACCAGAGGACCAUUGACAACGGCUGAGAUGGAGAGUCAACUUCUCCUUUGGGUAAAGCGUGCCCAAUCGAACUGUGAUUUAGAAGAAGACCGGUUACGACUAAAUUUACAACCAAACACGAACGGUAUUCUAGAAUGUCGUGGUCGAAUUCAAGGACACUAUCCUGUUUAUAUACCUGACAUAAACCUGUUGGCGACAAAGUUAGUGGAAGAUUCUCAUUCAUGCACUCUUCACGGGGGAGUCGGCAUGACUAUGGCACAUAUACGAAGUAGAUACUGGAUUCCGAGAUUGAGACAGUUAGUUCGUAAAGUAAUAAAGAGUUGCUAUGGGUGCCGUCGAUUUCAAGCAAAAGCCUUAGAACAACCACCACCGGGAAUGCUUCCACUCGAGAGAACCGAAGGGAAUCGGCCCUUUCAAGCAGUUGGAGUAGACUUCGCUGGACCUCUGAAGUAUCAGAAAAGCACGAAAACGGAAGGGAAAGCUUACAUCGUGUUGUACGCUUGCAGCUUAACCAGAGCUAUUUACAUCGAACUGUUAUCUUCACUACACACCCAAGAAUUCCUUCAGAGUCUUAAACGAUUCAUUGCGAGACGAGGUCGACCUGAAAAGAUCUACUCAGAUAACGGUAAAACGUUUUUAGCUGCCGCUAAGUGGCUGAGAACUGUUCAACGGGACGAGAAACUUCAGAACUUUCUCGCGAGAUCUGAAAUUCAUUGGCAAUUUAACCUUAGCCGUGCUCCGUGGUGGGGAGGACAGUUUGAGCGACUAAUCGGGUUGGUGAAACGUUCAUUGCACAAAACUAUUGGUGGUGGAUGUCUGAAGUGGAAGGAGCUAGAGGAAGUACUUUUAGAUGUGGAAGUGGCAUUAAACAACAGGCCACUCCAAUAUGUAGAGGACGAUGUUCAGAGACCGAUUUUAACACCUAACUCGUUACUGUUUGUUGGGUCUAACGCCAUACCAGAACUGCAAGCCCACUACCUAGAAGAUUUAAGUCUACGUAAACGUGCACGAUUUCUUUCUCGUUGCAAAGACGCGGUAUGGCGCAGAUGGUCGACAGAAUAUAUCCGAGGACUGCGUGAGCGACAUAACCAAAAGAACGGUACAAAGAAAUUAAAGUUAAGUAAUGGAGACGUAGUCAUCAUCAAAUCGGACGAGCGGAACAGAGCGAACUGGUCACUCGGUAUCGUGGACGAGCUAUAUGCGGGGCGUGAUGGAGUUGUGAGAGCCGUGAGACUUCGAGCUGGAAAGAAAUUCUUAGACAGAUCCCCCAACCACCUUUACCCUCUAGAAUUGUCUUGUGAUUGGAAAGUCAAAAAAGACAUAACCCAGUUAAAUCCAGAUGUUCCACCAUUCCGACCUACGAGAGAUGCAGCAGCCGCAGCACGUCAGAGAAUACAAGACAUUGUAGAACUCAAUUGAGAGGUGAACUUACUAACUUGCAAGAGAACUAUUAUUUGUUAAAGUAUACUAUAACUGAUUACAGUCUCCUGUAGACAUAUACCUCGACUAGUGAGCUAUAUGGGGGGAGAGUGUCGGAGACUGUCUAUUAUUAUUAUUAUAGCAC